AUAGAGGGGCUGGAAGGAGGGGCAUAGAGAGCUGGGAAGGGGAUAGAAGGGCUGGGGGAGGAGCAUAGAGCGCUGGGGGAGAUAGAGGGGCUGGAAGGAGGAGCAUAGAGAGCUGGGAAGGGGAUAGAGGGGCUGGGCGGAGGAGCAUAGAGAGCUGGGAAGGGGAUAGAGGGGCUGGGCGGAGGAGCAUAGAGAGCUAGGGGAGCUGGAGGGGCAUUGGGAGCUGUGGGUAUGGUGCUUGCAGGCAGGAGCAGCAUGCAGAAGGAGACCCCGUGGGCCUGCGGUGGCCGUUUUUGGGAUUGAGGGACUGGAAGGAGGAGCAUAGAGAACCAGGGGAGGGGAUAUAGGGAGGAGCAUAGAGAACCAGGGGAGGGGAGAGAGGGGCCGGAAGGAGGAGCACAGAGAACCUGGGGGCGGGGCUGGCGGGAGGACCGAGCUGCGGUAGCAUUUUUGGUUUUCUUGGGUCAGGCCUCUCUGCUGGACACAGCGCUUGCACAAGGCACAGACAGCAGUGACCCUUCCCCUCGGCCCAGCUCUACAGGCUGAUGUAUGAGCCUGGCAGGGCCCCAAGCUAGUGCGAAGCAGAGGUGCAUCAUGCAGUUCUAGUGGGCGCCCUGCAAUGGUGACACACAUGGCAAACAAUGGGACCCUUUCCAAAAGUAACUGAAAUAAUCCAGAACAGAGUUACAGCUAGGGAAACAAAAAAGCUUAAAACACUUUGUGGGCUGUGUCUUUGUGGUGAGUUUAGGUGUUCCCCUUGUCAGAUUCCCCCAGAGCUACCCUGAUUCCCUCUCAUUCUCAGACACAAAAUAUAUGACUAUGCAGAGCUCAUAGGACCAGAUUCUGUUAUCAAAAUGGCAUAAAUCAAGAGUAAUUCCAUUUAAAUUAGUGACUUUACUUCUUAGUUACACAGAUAUAAUUGCAUUCAGAAUCUGGUCUGUGGGAGAUUUCCUUUUUGUUUGUUUAAAAAUGGGGUUUAAUGUUCAUACAAUGUUGCAGGGGCAGUGAGUAUCACAUAUUAAAGUAACAGGACUCUGGGAGUAAUUGUAGAUUAUUUAUCAGUUGCAUCUGAGCGUAUUUUUGCACCCAUAGUUACUGUGUGAGGUAUGUUUAAAUGUUAGGUUAAACAAUUUGCUUGCAGUUUCUUGGGCCCAGAUGGAGUUGGUAUUUUAUUUAUGGUGAUUGUAUGAACAUUGAUAUAAUAUAGCUUACUCUGGUGAAUUGUUUUAUUACAGAACUCAAAAGAAAUUCAUAUAGAUAUACACACACAUAUAUUAUAACCCAAAUAUAUUAACAGCGUUAUAUGCAACAGACUGGAAAUUGAAACAGGCUGAGGGACAAAUCCACCAUGGUUGUAGGAUGAAGCCACUGAGGCACUAGUGUCUAAAACACAGAAAACAAGUUACCACGAGAAGCAGUGUGAUAUCAUUAAGAUGUAACUCACUGUCAUUACAUCCUAUGCGACAUCAUAAAAGCUAUGAUAUUGGAGAGCUGUCCCUGAUCCUGGCGCUGUUGUCAGUAUGUGAGCAAUUUUUCUGUCCUCUUAAGGAGAGUUCAUAUGAAAAUACAAUUGAUGGAAAUCAGAUUCACAUCAUCAUCCUUAUAAGAUGCAUCUCACACCAUGAAAAUAUGUUUUGUGUUAAAGCAAUGCACAGGGUUGUCAUUGAAUAUCUCUAUUUAAGAAUAUCCUCAGUGGCAUACCAGAGAUUGUAAAGAUCCUCCUCUUCUCUCCUGCUUCAUUUAGCAACAACCAUCCCCCUACCCUGCUUUCCUAGCAGGGAAUUGUUACAGCUUGUACCAAUGACAGAUCCUGGUGCAUUUCUGUGAUCGUUUAACAUCUGCUCUGAAUGGCCCCACAGGAGCCAGGUCAACUGUUUAAGAAGAUUAAAGGAGUCUUUGCAGAGUUUGAUGUGUCAGAUACUAUUAAUAGGGAGAUGAAGCACAACAGGAAGACUAUUGGAUGUACAGUAAACCCGAGCAGAGCCUGAGCAGCAGCAGGACUGGUGCAUUUUCUGACAGCAUUGGGAAGGGAACAGUAUGUAGAAGGAAUGAUCUUACUGACAAACUCCUGGAGGCAAACAAACUUCAUGAGGAGACACAAGAGGGUGGCGGUUCCCUGAAGAGGCUGUGCAAUCUUUCCUCACACUGAACUUCCAGACACAGGGAUGGAAUCCUGCCUUCAUUGCAAAAGAGCCUCAAAUUGAUCAGUUGUAAUUACUUGUUAACUAACCUUUUAUCAGCCUGAUCUCCUAGGCUUAGCUAGCCAUGGUUUCCCUUUUUACUGGGAAGACCUUGAUUACAAACAACAAGGACUGUGAUGAAGUGGACACUGAGCGUGAACUUAGCCAGAGACUGGAUAACAAAGUGAUGCUGCUGUAUUUUGGAUCUGGUGAAUGCACUCGAUGCCAGCAGUUUUCACCUGUCCUCAAAGAUUUCUUUGUGAGACUCACUGAUGAAUUUUAUGUGGAAAGGGCUUCCCAGCUGGUCCUAGUGUACGUGUCUCAGGAUGAGACAGAGGAGAGGCAAGAAAAGUUCCUGAAGACCAUGCCAGAAAGGUGGCUGUUCUUACCCUUCCAGGAUGAGUUCAAAAGGUGUUCCCUCCCUGGGUUCCUGGAGAGAUACACAGAAGCAAGCUCCGUGAAUCUAAACAGAGGGACGCCACCCUCCCUAUUUCCAGUCCUGGAAACACAAGUACUUCCCUCUUCACCCAGAGGGGAGCUGGAGUUGAGGUUUGCUGUGUCCGACACACCUGUAGUGGUGGUGCUGAAGCCAAGCGGGGAGGUGAUUGCUGGGAACGCUGUGGAGGAGAUCAGGUGCUUGGGCACUGCUUGUUUCAGGAACUGGCAAGAGGCCGCUGAGCUGGUUGACAGGAGCUUUCUCUUGGCAGAGUACUUUGAUGACUUGGCCAAGAGGAGCAUCACCGACCCAAUCCGCCGCCUCAAGUACAAGCUGGAGAAGAAGACAAGGAAGAAGGAGAGAAAGGAAGUGCUCUGUCCUGAUAUGGAAUUGGGAAGUUCCAGCGGUACAUACAUUUGGUAGGCUUGUGGUUGUCCUGAAACAGGACUCAACUGUUUCCAGACACAAGAGGGUAGCUUUACUGCAGCACAAGUUAGAACAGACAUUUGUAUCUUCACACAGUCUCAGGAUCUCAGUGGCAACUGGAGGAUUCUAAACAGGGAACAACAUGUGGCUGGGGAGAUGAGACAGCCAUGCCACGAUUAAAGAUGCAGCCUGAGGAGAGGCAUUUCCUUUUCCUCACUGACAUCUAUUCAUAUAAUAGGUCUGUUUAUAUUAUAAUGGGGACAUUAUUGGACAGAAAUGUCCCAGAGAACAUUUCUUCCUGUUCUCACACUGUCUUUUUCCCCUUUAUUGCCUAGAGAGUUUCUGUUAGCACAGGGGUGGGCAAACUACCUGCCUCUCAGGGUUUUGUAUCCGGCCGCAAGAUUGCCCACUGUGGUGCCACAGGCCCACGCCACUCCGCAGAAGUGGCUGGCACCACUUCCCUGCGGUCCC